AUGGCCUCAGCAGCUCCCAUAGAGAAAAUGUUAGAAGAAGCCACUUGUUCCAUCUGCCUGGAGUAUCUGACAGAGCCGGUGACCAUAGACUGUGGGCACAACUUCUGCCGAGCCUGCAUCACCCAGUACAGUGAGCACAGGGAGUCUGAAUCAGGCACAAUGAUCCUCUGUCCCCAGUGCCGAGAGCCACUCCAGAAAGGGAAACUCCGGUCCAACAGGCAGCUGGCUGAUAUUGUAGAGAACAUAAAAAAACUGGGGUUAAAGCCAGAGAAUGCGCAGAAGGAGAAUCUUUGUGAGAGACAUGAGGAGAAGCUCCAACUCUUCUGUGAGGAGGACGGAGAAGCCAUCUGUGUGAUUUGCAGGGAGUCCCGGGCUCACCGCACUCAUGCUGUGGUCCCCAUAGAGGAGGCUGCCCAGGAUUACAAGGUGAAACUCCAGGAAGCUCUGGGCCCUCUGAGGCAGGAGCUGGAGGAGGCCCUGGAGCGGACAUCUGAAGAGGAGGAGAAAACCACAGAGUGGCAAGAAAAAGUAGAGAAUCGGAGACAGUUGAUCACAUGUCAAUUUAAGAAACUGCACCAGUUUCUGAGUGAGGAAGAGCAGCUGUUACUGCAAGGACUGGCGGAGGAGGAGAGGGAGACUCUGCAGAAACUACAGGACAAUAUAACAAAGCUCUCAGAGCAGAGUGCCACUUUGCAGCAGCUGAUCACAGAGGUAGAAGAGAAAUGCCUGCAACCAGCUGCUGAGCUGCUGAAGGAUGUGAAAAGCACAUUGAUCAGGAGUGAAAAUGUGACACUCCAGGAACCAGAAGCUGUUUCUCCUGCCCUGAAGAAUGUGUAUAAAAUCUGCCUUGACAUGAAGGAAAUGCUGGAGAGAUUCACCGUGGAUGUGACUCUGGAUCCAGACACGGCUCAUCCCAGCCUCAUCCUGUCUGAGGAUCAGAAAACUGUGACCUACGAAGACAAACAACAGGAUCUGCCUGACAAUCUUAAGAGAUUUGAUACUUAUCCCAUUGUCCUGGGCUUUAACAAUUUGACGGGAGGGAGGCAUUACUGGGAGGUGGAGGUGGGAGACAAAACAAACUGGACUCUGGGGGUUUGUACAGAAUCUGUGACAAGGAAGGGGAAUAUUUACCUAUCACCUGAGAAUGGGUUCUGGACAGUGUGUCUGAGAUAUGAGGAAUACAAGGCCCUCACGUCCCAUUUGACUCCACUGUCCAUGAGUGUCAGGCCUAGACGAGUGGGGAUUUUCCUGGACUAUGAUGUGGGUGAGGUCUCAUUUUACAAUGUGACUGACAAGUCCCAUCUCUUCACUUUCAUUGACACCUUCUCCGGGACGCUCCACCCUUAUUUUUAUACUGGUUACAAAGAGGGGUUUAGAAACACAUCUCCCUUGAUAAUCUGCCCAGUCCCAGCUCAGGCUGGAGGGAAUCUCUGUGCCUAA